AUGUAUAAAAUUGUCCUUUUUAUAGAGGAUAAUGACAUAGAAGAUUACAUCGUAGAGCUCAAGGCACAAUGGGAAGAGACCCAAAGAAGAACGUACACAAAAUGGGUGAAUCUUUACCUCUCAAAGCGCAAGCCGCCAAUUAAACUGAACGACAUCGUCGAUGAUUUCAAAAAUGGUCCCGAACAGAUGGCCAAGUUGCUGGAAAUCCUGUGUGGCUGCAGGAUUGACACAGAAAGUGGCAGGAACGAUCUCGUUCAAUCUAAGAAAAAGAACCGUGUAAGACUUCCCGGGCAACGAAGCACUAAUCGAAUUCAUCAAAUCAACACUGUUUCAAACGCUUUGGAUGCUCUGAAACAAGCUCGUCCAGAUGUUCAAAUGGUCGGAAUCAACCCUUCGGAUAUCGUCGAUGGAAAGACAUCAGUAGUUUUGGGACUUAUUUGGCGAAUGGUCUUGAAUUUCCAGAUUGAAGAGGUUCUCGAGCAACUCAAGAAAUACGAAGACAUCGAGGUCGAGACGAAAAACAAGAAGAAAAGUGCAGAUUCAGCUCGGAAGGCGAUGUUAAAAUGGAUCCGGAAGACGGGCGAAAAGGUCAAGACGCCAGACGCGAUCGAUGUUGAAAUCAACGAUUUUGGGCCGAGUUUCCGCGACGGUCGCGCUUUUCACUCGCUUUUGCAUGCAAUUGAUGAGGAUGCCGUUGAUCCAGCAGUGGCAAAUCGAGGCAGUAACAAGGAGCGACUAGAGGCGGCGUUCAAAAUCGCAGAGGAGCGUUUUGGAAUUCCAAAAAUUCUCGACGCGGAAGACAUCGAUGUGGAUAAGCCAGAUGAGAAAUCAGUGAUGAUGUACGUGGCCGAAAUCAUCAAGGUCGCAGAAGCUCGCCUAGGAAGCAGCGGCGCUGUUAGUCAAGACCUAACCGAUACUGCAAUCGAACUCGACCGGUUAAUGACCUGGACAGCUGGGGCCGAAGAAGCGCUGAAGAAAAAACACAAGUUGAAGAAAUACACGCCCAAGGAUUUCAACGACUACAAAGACUUCGAACGCGAUCUUGACGAGAAAGAAGAUUCUUUUCAAAAAAUAGCUCCAAAAUGCGACCCUGAGCAAGUUAAACUCAUCGCUGGAUGCUUCGAAAACCUCGAAAAGUCUAAAUCAAGAUGGUUAGACGGAUUUGACAAGCAUCUUCCCAAAGAGUUGAGAAAAGUCGGCGACUUCUUGAAAAAGGCAGAAAAAGGAGUGCGGAAAAUUGAAGAAUCAGAAAAUUCGCUCCGCGAAGAAUUCAGCGAAAAUGAGCCUAAAGAUCCGGAAAGCUCGAUCCACUCGCUCGACUCCAGAAUAAAAGAUCACAACGAAACGUUCGAAAAUAUGAGCGAAAUGAUCGAACUCGUCAAAGCCGCUGGACGAAAUGGCACUCUUGAUCAGCAACAACUCGAUUUUAUUCAAGGCCGACUGGACAAAAUUGAGUCAACAAGCGUUUAUCGCCUUGCUUGGUUGGAGUACUCCGAAGCGAGAUACAGACUUUUAGGAUACAUUGCCGCGGCUCAAGCUCAGUUAAAAUACUGGACAAGUCCAAUGAGUUCUGUUGAGGAAGUUGAGAACAAGCUCCGCGACUGGCAGCAGCUCAUGGACCUCGGCGAGUUUGGAGUGAAACUAGAACAGGCCUCUGCGAAUCUGAAAGAAAAGACCAACUGUUACGUGAAAACUGGUCUUAUCACGCCUAAAGAACGCGAAAACGUUAAAAGAAUGACGGAGGACAAAACGGCUCAAGCGCGGAUGAUCCUUGUCGAGAUGAACUCAACGAAAGCGCUUUUAGAAAACACCGUCGAGCGCUGGACUAAAUAUAUUGAUUUACUCGACAGUAGUACGAAAUGGCUUGACGAAGCUGAGCAGGUGCGCGAUGGAGGCGACGAGCAGCGCAAUGCAUUUUUCACGCACGAGGGCAUCGAAGAGGUGCAAAAGAGCAUCAAGGGGUUGAAUGCCUGCAGCGAGUUUCUUCGAGAGCACGUGGAACAGGAAAAAGAGGAAAUUAUCGCGGAAGAGACGAAUGGUGUGAAUCAGCGCUGGAACGAUCUACAGGAAAUCAUGCGCCAAAUUGUGAAAAAGAACGAACUUAGAGCAAACGAAGACAGAUUCCGUGAAAACGUCGAAAAGAUCCAAAAAUGGUUGUCGGAAACAGAAGAGCUUUUGCAACAGAGCAUCGUCACUCAACUCGAUGAAAUUGCAGAUUAUGAACAAGCACUGGCAAUUGUCAAGAACGAGCAAAUGGGUGAAAUGGAGAAGCUUUACCGAAAAACAUCAACGGCUGCUCAAGUUGUCUGCAGAAGUAACCCAAGCAAAGAACUGACGAAGCAAAAAUUGAAGAUCAUGUCGCAAAUCAAAGAUCGUUACAUUUCCGUGCGAGAAACAGUCGACAAAGCUUUGGAAUCCACAAGUAAUCUUCAGACGCCCCUGAAUUCGUUGGAAGAAAUCUACAACGAUGUCCAAUCCUGGCACGACGAAGCUGAAGAAGUUCUAGAGUCAUACGAAGACCCCAACUGUGGAUUAGAGGACGUCGACCGUCUGCUAGAAUUGCACGCCUCUCAGUUCGGACAGGAAGUGCUCAACGAAGUCGAAGCAAAUAUUUCUCGAAUGCGGAGCAAUGUCACAACCGUCAAUGAAGUCAAAAUGCCAUCAAUGGACUCUUCUGAUGUCGAAAAUCGUGUACUCCAGCUAAAUCGCGCGGUCGAAACCAUCAGAAGACAGGCGGCAACUUGGGGGCCGCGGAUCGAAUCGCUUUCCAAAAAGUGGGACGAUCUUCAAAAGUGGAUCAAGGACUCGGAAGAUGCUCUUAACGAUUCUGAAAAGUUCCUGACUCAGGAAGAGGCGCCAGGAAAAGAGGAGCUGGAAGAACUUGCCGAUACAGUUUCGCAGUUGCUGUCUAAAGCGCCGAUGAUCAAGUGUGAUUUUGAAGACCUCAAGCAAAAUCUGGCACGGCUGAGAUUAAUUUCAGAAUAUAAAUACAAUCCAAGGGGUGUAAACGAAUAG